UGGCACCGCUGUAGGCGGAAUGUUGAGGUUCCAGCGGAGGUGGCGGCGGGAAGCAAAAUGACUGGAGGUGGGAAGCGGAGAUCCCGCGCGGCUGUGCAGGGGCUUGAGCAGUGUGAAAAAACUAGGAAUGUAAAGAAAAGACGGUCUAGUGAAACAGACAUCUCCAGUCAUCUGUACCAUGAAGUGGAGACUUGUUAUCGGCUCAAAAUGCCUGAAGAUUUCUAUCAUUUCUGGAAGUUUUGUGAGGAGCUGGAUCCUGACAAGCCAUGUGAUGCACUUCAGUCAAGCAUCGGACUUCAGCUAGUUGGACCAUAUGAUAUUCUUGCUGGAAAACACAAAAAGGCAAACAAAUCAGGAGAUGUGAACUUCAACCUCCACUGGAGAUUUUUUUAUGAUCCUCCUGAAUUCCAGACUGUCCUUACUGGAGACAGAAAAAUGCAAUAUCAUGUGGGAUAUUUUAGGGACAUGCCAGAUGAAUUGCCAGUGUGGCUUGGAGAAAACGAAGCCAAGAAAGGCUGCACAAUUUCUCAAGUUGGUGACAAUAUAUUUGCUGCUGUAAAAUUAUUUUUGUCCAGAAAGCUUAAGGAAUUGCCAGAUAAAAAGAAAAGUGGCAUUUUGAAAGCAAUAGAUGAAAAAUUAACUGAAACAGCCAAAAGAAUGGGUUAUUCGCUGGAGCAAAAAACAGUGAUGAUGAAACAGAGAGAUAAGAAAGUAGUGACAAAGUCUUUUCACGGAGCUGGUCUGUUUGUUCCUGUAGAUAAGAAUGGUGUUGGGUACAGAGAGCUUCCAGAAGCAAAUGCUAGUCUUAAAAGAAUUUGUAAAGCCAUUGUAGAUGCUCCUAAUGAUGACCAGAGACUGAAAGCCUUCGCCCCUAUCCAGGAAAUGCUGACUUUUGUUCAGUUUGCUAAUGAUGAAUGUGAUUACGGAAUGGGAUAUGAACUGGGCAUAGAUCUCUUCUGCUAUGGGUCACAUUAUUUCCACAAGAUUAUUGGCCAGUUGCUGCCCCUUGCUUACAAUUUGCUGAAGAGGACCCUGUUUGCAGAAAUUAUUGAAGCUCAUUUAGGUGAUAGAAGAGAAGAGAAUGUAGACCAACUUGCGGUGUGA